AACACUGGGUCAAUGGUCGUUGUUUACGUCAGUGCGAACCUGCAAAUAAUUUACUGAAAUUCCAAUAAACUUCGACUAAAAUGUAAAAAUACAUGUCGAUAAUUUAUCACAAUAUUAAUUAUUGUUUUUAUAUUCAAGUUUGCGUGUAGUAAAUAUUGAUUUGUUUGACUUUAGUAACAUAACCUAUAAGUGCGUAAUAAUUUUGUGUAAAAUUCUUCUGAACCAUGGCUCUGCAGUUAUCUAGACGGGAGGUGGACGAUCUAAGGUCGUCCUUGGACCGUGCAAUAUACAGAACUAUCGGGAAAUCGGAUAGUUCUUUACUAUCGACUGUUUCUUCUUGUCUAUCUAGCGGAUACGAAAGGCGGAAAAUCAUAGACAAGAUAUCAGCGCAUAUAGACUCAAAGAAAGCAAGCAAACUAGCUGACAAAGUCAUCGCUCUUGCACAAGAACUGGUCUCAAGUUCCAAAUCCCAGAAACGUAAACAUGAGUCUUCUGACAGGGAUAAGGAUGUCAAAAGGUCUAGACAUGAUGAGAAGGAGGAGAAGGACGAUAAGAAAGAAGAGAAGAAGAAUGGAGUUGAGGCUUUAGCGGUUAUGCCAGACGGAGAAACUGUUGGGUCGAAGAUGGCUGUCUUAAGUGCUGAUAGGAUUAAGUUAAUGAUGGCAAACGCUCAAAAGGAAAUUGAAGAGCGAAAGAGAGCGCUCCUAGCCAUGAAGGGAGACUCCAAGAGUGGAGUGAGUGCUGCGGCCGCGACCGCCCAGCAGCUGAAGGUUCAAGUCCAGCAGAACAGUUCACUAGCGCCACCUAGCGUCAUCAAACCUGUGUUAUAUUCUAAGCCUGUUGGAGGUGGUCUUAGUCAUGAGGAGCUGGAGAAGCAAAGGAAAAUAGCUGAACUCCAAGCAAGGAUACAGAGGAAACUAGCCGGCGGUGCCCUGACUAGUACGGCGGGCAGUGGUCCUGCCCCCCUUAUUCUGGAUAGAGAGGGGCGGACGGUGGACACCAGCGGGAAACGAGUUCAGCUUACACACGUAGCUCCAACGCUCAAGGCAAAUAUCCGCGCGAAGCGUCGCGAGGAGUUCCGCGCGCAGUUGUCGGGCGCGGCGUCGGUGGAGGGCGCGGGCGCGGGGGCGCGCUGGCACGACGAGCGCGUGCAGGCGCGCGCCCCCGUGCGCACGCGCAGGCCGCUGCGCUUCCACGAGCCCGGCAAGUUCACGCAGAUGGGGGACCGACUCCGGAUGAAGGCGCAACUGGAAAAGCUACAGAACGAGAUAUCGCAGAUAGCGCGAAAGACUGGCAUCUCUUCAGCUACAAAACUGGCGCUACUGGCGUCUGACACGCUAGACUCCGACAGAGUGCCAGACAUAGAAUGGUGGGACAGCGUGAUUCUGAUGACGCCUGAAGAACGUCAGAAUAAGCGUUCAGACCCGUCUGAAGCGUCAGACGGUCGGACUCACUCGCAGAGAGUUGACGCGUGCCACGUCGGGGGGGAUGAUAUCGUGGACAAUCUCAACGAGUUGGCGAUCACCAAUCUUGUCGAACAUCCUCAACAGCUGCGGCCUCCAACUGAACCCUUGAAGCCGACGUACAUGCCAGUGUUUUUGACGAAGAAAGAAAGGAAGAAGCUCCGCCGACAGAGUCGCAGGGAAGCGUGGAAGGAGGAACAGGAGAAGGUCAGACUCGGCCUGGAAGCACCUCCCGAACCCAAACUCAGAAUAUCGAAUCUGAUGAGAGCUCUGGGCACGGAGGCUGUCCAAGAUCCAACUGCUAUCGAGGCGAAGGUCCGGGAACAGAUCGCUAAAAGGCAAAAGACUCAUUUGGAAGCGAAUAAGGCGCGCGCUCUUACCAAGGACCAGAAAAGAGAGAAGGUCGACAGAAAAAUCAGAGAAGAUACGUCCCUGGGUGUACAUGUAGCUGUUUAUAGGGUAAAGGAUUUGUUUGAAUGCGCUUCAGCGAAGUUCAAGGUCGAAGCUAAUGCCUCCCAGCUCCAUAUGACGGGCAGCGUCCUGCUGCAUCGAGGAUGCUGCGUCGUCGUGGUCGAGGGGGGGCCCAAACAACACGCCAAGUAUAAAAGACUGAUGCUGCAUCGCAUAAAAUGGGAGGAGGAUAUGGUGAAGGAUGCGGAGGGAAACGAGGUCCCCAACAGUUGUACCCUCGUCUGGGAGGGCAUCGUCAAGCAGAGGGCCUUCGGAGAUAUCAAGUUUAAGGUGAUGCCGACAGAGAAGCAAGCUCGGGAACAUUUUCAGAAACAUCGCGUGGAACAUUAUUGGGACCUAGCAUACAGCGGCGCUGUCCUGGCGCCCAGCGACGAGCCCUAGCGCCCUUGACGAUACCUAACGCCCUAGCGCCCUGGGGCGCCAAUUAAUGCGACGAUAAUUGUAAUAAAUACAUUAAAACCAA